CGCGCGGCGGCGGCAGCAGCAGAAACAGCAGCAGCGAUGACCGAGGAGGAGAGGAGCCUCAGCCUCCUGCAGAUCUGCUAGUAGAGCAGGAGUUUGUAUUUUUAGCGCCUAGUUCGUGUUGCAGCGCCGCAGUUGGAGCCGCCUGGCGCUGCGUGACGCACGGGCAGCGCGUGGAGUUGCGGGACUGAAAGAAGCGGAGGAAGGGGGGAGAGAUAACUGGACUGGAGGACGGGUUCGUUUAUCACGUAUCACCACCGUCUGACUUUGGUCUAGGUCAGAGAUGGCGAGCCCGACUGCAUGUGGAAAUGUCUCGAGUGCGUCCUCGCUGGAGCCCAGUCAGCCAGAACCAGCCUGCCAGGAGGCGCAGAAAUGGAUAGAGGCUGUAACAGGGAAGAGCUUUGGCGACAAAGACUUCCGUAGUGCAUUGGAGAACGGCAUCCUGUUAUGCGAGCUGUUGAGUGCCAUCAAACCCGGGCUGGUUAAGAAAAUCAACAGACUGCCCACUCCCAUUGCUGGGCUGGACAACCUGUCAGUCUUCCUGCGAGGCUGCGAGGAGUUGGGCCUGAAGGGCUCCCAGCUCUUUGAUCCAGGGGACUUACAAGACACGUCCAUGCGAGCUAACCUCAAAGACUCUGACUGCAACCGCAAACUAAAAAAUGUGUUAAACACGGUGUUCUGGCUUGGGAAGGCCGCCAAUGGCUGUGCAUCUUACAGUGGUCCUACACUCAACCUAAAAGAGUUUGAAGGGCUUCUUGCUCAAAUGAAGGUGGAGACUGAGGAGGGAGGGGACACUACACUGAUCCGCAGUGUGAGAGACAGCGGCUAUGACUGUUGGGACUCGGAGAGGAGUGAAUCUCUUUCUCCACCGAGACAUACUAGAGACAACUCCCUAGACAGUCUGGAUUCGUUUGGCUCGCGCUCACAGCAAAGUCCUUCUCCUGAUGUGGUGAAUCGAAGCAACAUUGACGGGCGAGGAAGCGACUCUGAGGCUGAUGCCGCCGGCAGGAAGCCAGAUGUGCGGAAGGAUGACAUGUUGGCGAGACGGACUGCCAGCGGUGAAUCAAGAAGCUCCAUUCCCUUCAACCAGUUCCUCCCUAAUCGAACCAACGCCAGCGCUUACAUCCCGACCCCACGGAGAAAAAAACAUACAGAAGAGCUAGAACAGCGGAGUCACUCUCAAGCCAAUCCAGAACAAAGCAAAAACCCUGGACUGCACCAGAAAACUCUCAAGACUGUCACUUGGGCAGUCGAGAACAAUGGUGAAAAACUAAAACAGGAAGAGGAGGUGGACACCCAGGAACUGUUGGCGCAGAGGAGGUUGCAGAAGUUGGAGAAGGCGGGAAUCAAAGUUCUUCCUGCUGCUGUUCGCUAUAGCAGUCCCAGCAGUCCCGCAGUAGAGGAAAAGGAAGUGAGGUCACCAUCCCCGAAUAUCAUCCUUCGCUGCGAUAAUGACUUUCUAAACUCGCAUAAAUCUGCGUGGGAUUCCUCUGAUGGUGAAGAGGAAGCAGAGAAACGGAAAGUUCCAGAUGUUCACAGAGAUGAUCUGGCAUCCAGGCGAGCUCAUCACCGGCCUGUUGUUCCCAAUGUGCAUCAGUUUGUUCCAUCUCCUGUGUGCAGCAACAAAGACCGGGAGCGCUGGGAGGGAAUCAGACAAGCCUCCCAGCAAACACUGCGGGAGAAAGAUAUCAGUGUAAAGGAAGACGUCCCUAACAUCCUUACUCGCAGAGACAACCCCUUUCUGAAGGAAGAUGUGAAAGAAGAGAGUGAGGGAGAGGAGGCAAAGGUUAUACCUAAUAAACAGAGGGAUGACCUGGCUCAUAGGCGGGCUGAGAGUAGGCCCUUCUCUCAGAGGGAUGGACCAAUGAACAUUGUUUCAUCCAGCAUGAGCCAGGCAGAUGUGCAGAAGUGGGAGAGACUCAAGAUGACUGAACCAAGUGAGGAUAGACCAGCAACUAUGUGUCAGGCUUGUCUGGAGAAAAAUUAUGGAAGCCCUCGCGGCGGAUCAGCAAAGGCUGGACGAGGUCACAGCAAAGUUGUGACCUUUGGUGGUGUGACUGAGAUCCAGCAGCCUGUAGACACAGUCAUGUCAAGUGAAGGGGAGGAGACAAAGUUGCUUAGACGACUCCUUUCCAAGGCAACGGUAGCCAUGCCUACCAUUGGCCUGGGCUCCCAGCUUUCAGAGCGGGAACGCAGCCACAUAGAUGAAGCUGAGCCCAAUCAGUCUUCCUCUACUUCUGCGCACCUUCAACCCUGGACGCCUGAGGCCACCCCUACCGUCGCUGAGCUAGAUGCCCGGCUCGCUGAAUAUGAACGAAGAAUGGAGGAGGAUGAGGAAGACGAAGAGGAGAGAGUCCCAGAUCUUCAGAAGGACGACAUGAUGGCGAGGAGGACAGGAGUUUUCCACAAACAAAGCUCUGCUCCAUCCACUUACAACCGUUUCUUGCCUCUGCCUGGCACCAAGCGCUGCACACUAGGUGAAGUCACCGUUGACGCUGCUCCGCGGAACAAAAAGAACGUGCAGGCAGACAGAAGCAAGAAUUUGGGCUUCAGAGCGGAGCAUCUGCAUCCCAAAGUUCCUGUGGAAACACCUCAGCAAGAACGUGAGUUCACAGUGAUGAAGGCAACUUCUCACACCGAGGCUGACUAUGAUGGAAAUGAUUCUGAUCAAGAUGAGUCUGUGCCUGACCUGGAGAAAGAUGACAUGAUGGCUCGAAGGACCAGAUUGUUCCAAAAAUCAACCGUGGUCAAAACAAAUCAGUCCUUCAAUCAGUUUCUCCCUGUACCGGGGUCGGUCAAAUGUAACGUCAGCCCAACGUCUGCCACGAAGCCGCUACAGAGCAGACCUAAACUCACAGAGAGGCUGGACAGAGCCAGCAACAUUGUAACCAUGGCAGCAGAACAUCAAGCCCCGACCCCCAAAGCCCUAACCAGUCCCACAUGUCCCAGGAUGAGGGACAGACGAGAGGAGGACAAGCAAGAAAAGGGAGAUCUGGGGACUCUACCUGACACUGAUGUCAGCGGGGGGCCUGAACCCCCCUCUUGUCCUUCACUCAUAUCUCAACCCAGUCCUGCUCCUUCCCUCCAGAUGAGUGGAGAAGGGCCAGAGUUGGAGGGGCAGAGACUGGAGGAGAAAGCUGAGGUGGAGGAGAAAAAGAGGGAUGUUAAUGAAAAACCACAAAAGAAACCCUUUGGGCUGGAGGAUGAACUACCUCCAAGGAUGGUGAGCCGCCGAGUUGCUUUUCUCUUAGACAACGAGAGUGUGAGUAUGAGUGACAUGGUUAAUGAGGAAGAGGCCGGAAACUUGCCAUCACUGAGCCAAUCCAGAUAUGAACGAAUGCUCGAGCAGUACAACAGUUUCCAAGAAGAGGAGGAUCACUGGCAGGAUGACUUGGCGCGUUGGAAGAGUCGACGCCGCAGUGCAUCACAGGAGCUAAUCAAAAAAGAGGAGGAGAGGAAGAAAAUAGAGAAAUGGAUGAAGGAGGAGGGAGGCGACGGAAAUAAAAGGAAAAGCAUUAAAACUUACAAAGAGAUUGUGGAAGACAAGGAGCGCAGAGAAGCUGAGUUGUGUGAGGCUUACAGGAAUGCAGCAACUCCAGAGGAGGCAGCCGUGGUUUUGCAGCGUUACGCUCUCCGCUUCACCAUCAGCGAUGCAACACUGGACAGCCUAAAGCUACCCAGAUCAACCUUAAAACCCAAACAAGAGCUGAACUUGGUAGAACAGGAGCACAAACCAGCGUCACCCAUUAAUCACUCAGAGGUGAUGGAGCACCUGCACAAACCAGAAUUAACUGUUGAAAUAAAUGAGAAAUGCACAAAACCUGACGACACAGAGACAGAGGCAUCAUCUCAAGAACAAGAGGGGUCGUUCACCGUCACCACUAGCUCUACAGCAUCAAACAGCCCACUUUCUGCAGACACAAACUCUCAGGACAUACCGCCUCAGUCCCCACAGCUGCAUGAACCACCAGCCCGACCAACAGAGUCUCCAGCUACAAAGCAGAAACAACCAAUUACAGAGGAAGCACAGCCCCAGAUCAAACAUACUUCAUCUCAGGAUGAACAAACGGAUCCUCUGCCGACACAGCCCGCACACAUGCUCUCUUCUUCUCCACUUACACCUGCACCUGCACAUGCACCCGCAUCUGCACCUGCACAUGCACUUGCACCUGUACCUGCACCUGCACCUGCACCUGCAUCUGCACCUGCAUCUGCAUCUGCAUCUGCAUCUGCACCUGCACCUGCACCUGCACCUGCACCUGCACCUGCACCCGCAUCUGCACCUGCAUCUGCACCUGCACCUGCACCUGCACAUGCACCUGCAUCUGCAUCUGCACCUGCAUCUUCACCUGCACCUGCACCUACCAGACCUGUCCCCCUGCUGGUGGCCAAGCCCUACUGCCAGCCCAGCAGCACGGCCUCUGGACAUAAACCCAUCAAGAUGGAUGGGUUGGUGCGAGUGAACGGAGAGGCAACCGAGGACUUCACUGCUUCCUCGCCGCCUACCUCCCCUCAGGAAGUUGUUUCCUCCAAGCAGGUGGAAGAAGAUCCUCCUCCAGAGGAGGCUGUGGGAAGUCCACAGACUGCAGAGCAGGUGGCAUCUCCACAGACUGAUACAUCUACACCAUCCUCUGCUUCUGCCAUCAGCUCUCUGAUUGGAGGACGCAACUGCAUCAUCAAAACCACCAUUGUGACAGAACUCACUCAGACCUGUGUGGAGCCACUUCACCCGGAUAUCCAGAGCACUAAACAGGCCGAGAGCGCUGGGUUGUUCGGGGCACCAGUGGAGCAGGAAAAUACUCAGCCAGCUGCGUCUCCCAGCAGUAUGCAAGUCUAUUCCCCCACCGUCACGGAGGGACUUGAGGAGAGCAGUGUGACUAUUGAGACCCCCAUGUUGAACUUGGCUAAACGUGUUAAUCACUGGGUCUGGGACCCCAAUGAGGAGCGUACACGCUUGGAAAGGUGGCAACAGGAGCAGGAACGCCUCCUACAGGAACAAUACCAAAAAGAACAAGAGAAGCUGAAGAAGGAGUGGGAGAAAGCACAGCUGGAGGUGGCGGAGGAGGAGAGGAAGCACAAUGAAGAGGAGAGGCGGAUUCUAGAGGAGACCGUCGCACCCCUCAGUCCCACUGGUUUGUUGCACCAGCAGUCAGGACACACAGCGACUGCUACGUCUGCCCCAGAAACCAAUGACACAAGAGGAGGAAGUGUGCCGCCGCAGCAGAACGGACAAAAAACCUCCACAGGCAGCGAGGGCCAGCAUUCAUCAAAGUUGCAUUUCUUCCAGGAUUCUUCAUGUGAUGGCGAACCUUCAAAAAAGUCUGAACUGUGGAAAACAGCCUCCCUGGAUCGCAACCUUGAACAGAUCCAAACAGAAACUGUUAAAAGGUCCGGAUCACAUGACGGUGUAACAAGUAAACCACAGUCCUCCCUGCCAGCAACUCAGCCUCCGUCACCUAGCAGGUGUGUUAGUGGAAAGCGACUGUGUUCAGGCUGCUCGCAACCUCUGGGAAAAGGAGCUGCAAUGAUCAUUGAUACUCUGGGACUGUUUUUCCACAUGCAGUGUUUCAAGUGUGGCGUGUGCAAAGGGCAGCUGGGUGACGCAUCGGCAGGGACAGACGUACGGAUCCGCAACGGACUGCUGAGCUGUCAUGAGUGCUACAUUGCAUCUCGGGGCAGAGGUCAGCCCACCACACUAUGAUGAUCUUUUUUCGCCACCGGAUCCUUACCAUCUAGGGGGAAUAUCGGACAGAGAACAAUUGUAGAACCUGGCGUCACAUACUGGAAAAUCUGGAAAAAUCUUGGAAUUUUCAGAAUCUUAGAAUUGUUCUUUGUUUUGCAGAAAUGCACAAAACAGCUUAGAUUAUUGUUCCUGACAGACCAACUGGACUGACACGUGGACUUACUCACACAGUACAGUUGAUGUACUUCUUAACUAAACACAUGUAUACAAGUCUUUUGGAUAUGUGCUGCAUGGAUAUAAUCGAGAAAACACCAUGUUUAAGCCUUUGCACAUCCAUCCCAUGAUCUUCUCCGUCAUGAGCUAAACAUGUUGCUUCUUCUGCUUCUGCACUCUCUAAGUAUGAUACAAAGUGGUUCAGGUGGGAUAAACUGAAGUAGCUUGACCUUUUUAAUGCCUUACACAUUGUAAACUUCCUUUUUGGCUUUGUGUUUACAGUUUUGCAUGAAAAAAGUUAUUAUAUAAGUUAUUGUGAGUAUUGCUCAGAUGGACAGUGAGUUCUUUCUUUUUCAACAGUGGAAGUUGAUCUGUCUUUUAUGUUGCAAGUUUUUAUGAUUAUUUCUUUGUUUUGGGACUCUAACUCACAGUUUUUCUUAAUAUUUAAUUUUACAGGAAUAAGAAUGCAUGUUAUUUAGUAAUAUUACUCACUCUUUAGAUUUUAAUUAUUUUUCCUCUUAGGAUGUUCUAGCUUUUCUUUCCUCUCUUAGACUGUCUGCAUAUCAGUGCCUUAUGUAAUGAAUGCAAGGGGGUGAGGAUUUUACGCUUACUCUGACCUUUGGGUCUAGGCACAUUAUGUGUGUGUGUGUGUGUGUUCUUGUUUACGUGCGAUGAAUGUAUGUUUGUCUUUUAUGACCAUGUACAUGUAUAGAUAUGAAUGCAGUGUGUGAUUUGACUUGAAGCACAGUUACAUACCAGCAAAAGAAAAAGUUAAAUGAACAAGCAUUUCCUAAUAACCUUGUGUCCUCUUCCAACUCCUCCUAUGAACUAAACCAAUGAACACAAAUUGAUUGCUGCUUCCCUUUUUAAUUAUUUCAUUUUAUGACAAUUUAGUGUCCUAAAACCUCUUCAUCUGCCUCUAUCACAAGUGUUGCCUCGUCAGAGAAUUACUUUCCUUUGUUUUGCUUUGUCUCUGUUCAGACGCCUGACAAGCAUCUUCAUCUCCCAAGAAAGCAGAGCUCAGUUUGUUGUAUUUUAUAGUAACUGUAUGUUUAUCAAUAAAACAUUUUAAAUGGG